GUGAUUCGUAAGUCCUAACUGCACAAUUUAUGGAAUAUAGUAUACUUUGGAUCUAUGGAUACAUCUCGGAGCAGAAUUGUACCCCAGAAUGGGACGCGGGAUGUGAGCAGUAUGGACUAUCAGGAGAAGAUUGUGAACUAGCCAAAAAGACUGGUAGUAUCCCAUCGAACUAUACAUCAGAUGGAAAGCUGGAAUACGCACAGUGCGAGAAAUAUAAUGUGUCAGGAGUGGGAUUCUGGUCUGGGAUUGAUCCAUCCAAUUACAGCCGAGAAACGAUGUCAUGUGACAGUGGAUGGGUCUACGACGAUAGUCAAUUCGAAUCAACCACCGUGACGGAUUUCGAUCUUGUCUGUGGGAAAGAUGAACUUACCCAAGUUUCUCAAUCUAUAUUCUAUGGAGGAUAUUUAGCUGGCUCACUCAUAUCUGGUAUCCUCUCUGACACGAUUGGACGAUGGUGGACUCUCGUCUUAUCUAACGUUCUUGCUGUCAUCUCUGGUAUUGCUCUUGCCUUUUCCCCGAAUUGGUGGUUCUUUGCUGCAAUGCGUUUCCUCAACGGCUUCAGCAAUAUUGCAUUCAACAUUAUCCUUUUUGUUGUCGGUACUGAGUUUAUCGGGCCUUCAAAGCGCUACCUGGUUCUUCUAGCAACGAUCGGUUAUGCCGUUGGCUACAUGGUGCUUGCUCUGGUAGCUUAUUUCAUCCGUUCAUGGCGUAUACUGCAACUAGUCAUGACAGCGCCUCUCAUCGCCAUCUUCAUUUUAUUUAAAUGGCUUCCAGAGUCUGCAAGGUGGCUUAUAUCGACAGGGAAAUAUGAUAAAGCUGAGAAACUUAUCAGAAAUAUCGCCCAGACCAAUGAUGCCAAAUUACCAACCCCUCUCUUCACAGAAGAAUUCAAAGAGGAACAGGAUCAGAUUCGGAAGGCACAUCGACCGACGGGCCUUGAUUUGGUUCGCACCCCAAGAAUUAGAAAAAGAACAAUAAGCCUUGUCUUCAUAUGGUAAGUAUAAUAUUUAUAUCGAGAUUUGAAACUGAAUUUGACUUUAUUUUACACAUUUCACAAAUAAGCAAAAUACAGAAUCAUUAUUCAAAUUUAAAUUCAAAUUGUUUUAUUCUCUCAGUAAAACCUGUACAUAAGAAACAAAUAUAAUACAAAGUUAAAAUACAUGUAUUACAAAUCGUUGUACAAGACCAUGAAGACAGUCUAAAAAUUGCAUUAUGGUUCAGAAUCAUACUGAGGGGUAGCAGCCAAAAAGGAAAAAAAAUCUUUAUAUUUAGGCCGACCCAUUAUUAAACGAAAAUGUGACAUAGAAAAUGCAAUAAUAACAAAAUAUAGCAAAAACAUUUC